AUGUUUUUCCUCACAUCAGCUACUUUGAUCUUCGGUUGGACUCAAGUGGUUCUGUCCCUGUCCAUAUCGCUUCCUAAUAUCGAGUUCAAUGCAAAGCUCAGCAAUUCUCCUGUUCGAGGGUUUCUUGGAGAUACCGAUAACACGCAAGGGAUUCCCAUGCUUCUACAAAGUGUACUCUCGGCUGCCGCUCUUGGCCAGAAAUCCGUCUACGCCCACAAAGAGCGAAUCAUCCCCUCAAACCCGGACCUGAUCAAAUCCAGACCUACUUCAAAAGAUUCAACUGCAACACCAGUUGCCCAUGUAUUCGAGCAAAAAAUAUCGCAUUUUCCUACGGACCCAAAAUACUCUCCUCAUAUCGAUGGAAAUUUUCAACAAAGAUAUUGGGUAGAUACGAGAUUUUAUAAACCCGGAGGUCCUGUCUUCUUGCUAGAUGCUGGUGAAAUCUCAGGACAAUCACGGAUUCCUUUCCUUCAACAAGGAAUCAUCAGACUUCUUUCGGAAACCUUUCAUGGUGUGGGAUUGAUUCUGGAGAUGCGAUACUACGGAGCUUCAUUCCCCACCAAGGACCUCAGUACAGAAUCUCUGAGGUUUUUGGAUACAAAGCAGUCACUCGCCGAUGCUGCCUAUUUCGCUCAAAAUAUUGUCUUCCCUGGGCUAGAGUCCCAUAAUUUGACUGCUCCAGGAACACCUUGGAUCUAUUACGGUGGCAAGUUUAACUCUCUCUCUCAUAAUACGGCUUUCUGCGAAUCAGGUUCCUACGCCGGUGCCAAAGCUGCUUACAUGAAAGUCACAUAUCCGGAUCUGAUUUGGGGCGCGAUUGGUUCAAGUGCCACGGUGAAAGCCAUAGUAUCAUACUCAGAUUAUUUCCGAACCGUCGAAAAGACAGCUGACCCGGAAUGUGUUAAGGGAUUACAAGUUGCCAUGGAGAUUGUGGAUAGGUUGAUCGGAUCAAAAGAUAUGAAAGCGAUCUCAAAAAUGAAAGCUGACUUUGGUGUAGAAGGUCUAAGUCACAUUGAUGAUUUUGUCAGUUUGACUACCUGGCUCGUGGCGACAUAUCAAGAACAAAACUGGGAUCCAAACUCUGAUCCAAAGUCUCGUGUUUGGAGUCAAAGUUGUGAAAUCAUCAAAAAAGCCGCUCAGCUAAAAACUCCAAGAGGCUCAUUUCCAGAAGUAUAUUACGCAUUCGCCAAUUUGACAACUCACUAUGUUUCUAGAAAAAACAUCUGUCCAACUCCAGAAGAUCCAGAGAGCUGUUUUGGAACUUAUGACUUAUCAGCUUCUCAGGCCAAUGACUUGACGCAGACGUGGAGGUCAUGGAUGUAUCAAUGCUGUCGUGAAGAGGCUUUCUUCCCGACCAACACUGCGGUGGGAGGUUCCUCAAUAGUCUCACGCUAUCUCACCCUGGAUUACAACACAAGACAAUGCAAGCAAUCCUUCCCUCCUGGUGCCCAUAAUCGAAUUCCACCGAUCCCUGACGUCUCCGUCCCUAAUUCGUAUGGAGGUUACGAUAUUGCCGCUGAUAGAUUAGCAUUCAUCGACGGCCGUCGUGAUCCAUGGCUGUAUGCAACUCCACAUUCACCUCUAGCCAAGCCUAGAAAGAGCACACUCACUCGACCAUUCUAUUUGAUCCAAAACGGUGUACAUCAUUAUGACGAGAAUGGACUUCCAGGAGGUUUAUCAAAUCAAACGUUACCUGAAGAGAUACGUGCUAUUCAGCUUUUUGAGAUAGAAUUCAUUACAAGUUGGUUAAAUGACUUCAAGCAAAAGAAUGGCAAUCCACUGGUUUCAACCCAAGUCACUGUUAUCUCAUAA